AUGUCUUUAAAGGCUUGCCAUGGGUGUACAUCUUUAUCCAAAUGUGAUUGCAGUGGAGUAAAAGGUGAAAAGGGUGAAAGGGGAUUCCCAGGCUUGGAAGGACAACCAGGUUUGCCUGGAUUUCCGGGACCAGAAGGACCGCCUGGUCCAAGAGGCUCGAAGGGUGAUGAUGGACUUCCAGGGCCUAUUGGACCCAAAGGAAUCAGAGGACCGCCAGGGCUUCCAGGAUUUCCAGGAACACCAGGACUUCCUGGAUUACCGGGACAAGAUGGGCCACCAGGACCUCAGGGUAUCCCAGGAUGCAAUGGAACAAAGGGAGAGCGUGGAUUCCCAGGCAGUCCAGGUUUUCCUGGUUUACAAGGGCCUCCUGGACCCCCUGGUCUGCCAGGUAUGAAGGGUGAAGCAGGUGAAAUAAUUACAUCCUUGCUGCCAGGACAGAAGGGCGACCCAGGAUUUCCAGGUCUUCCGGGGAUACCUGGCCCACCCGGCUCCAUGGGAGUACCAGGUCCAAUUGGCCCUCCAGGGCCCCCAGGUUUGACAGGACCUCCUGGUCCACCAGGGCUGCCAGGACCUAAGGGUAAUAUGGGCUUGAAUUUCCAAGGACCCAAAGGUGAAAAAGGUGAACAAGGUCUUCAGGGACCUCCAGGGCCACCAGGACAAAUUGGAGAACAGAAGAGACCGAAUGACAUUGAGUUUCAGAAAGGAGAUCAGGGUAUUCCAGGUGAUCCAGGCCCACCAGGACUUCCUGGGCCACAAGGUCCUCCUGGUCUUCCCGGUGGCGUAAAAGGUGAAAAAGGUGAGCAAGGAGAACCAGGCAAAAGAGGAAAGCCUGGCAAAGAUGGAGAACCUGGUCAGCCUGGUAGGGAUGGUUUACCUGGUGGGCCUGGAAUAAGUGGUGCUCCAGGAAGAGAAGGCGAAAAGGGUGAAAAAGGUGACACUGGUCCCCCUGGUCCUCCUGGAAUUGUCAUUUCAAGACCAGGCAUUGAUCCAGCAGUGGGACCAAAAGGUAGCAAAGGAUUGCCAGGACUUCCAGGAGCCAAAGGGGAGCGUGGAUUCUCUGGUAGGCCGGGACCGCCUGGCUUGCCAGGUUCUCCAGGAAUCACUGCUGUUGGACCUCCUGGCCCACCUGGCUUACCUGGUGAGAGGGGACAGAAGGGAGAUCCAGGUUUACCUGGUGUUUCUAUUCCUGGGCAGCCAGGACUUGAUGGACCACGAGGACCUCCAGGACCACCAGGUCCCCCAGGGCCACCUGCACCAUCUGUUCCUCCUGGUGAAGAGUUAUGUGAACAGGGACCGCCAGGUCCUCCAGGAAUUCCAGGAGAACAAGGCUUUACAGGGGAGCGAGGCCAAAAAGGUGAUCAAGGAGACACAUGCUUCAACUGCAUAGGAACUGGAAUAACUGGGCCUCCUGGGGAGAGAGGACCACCAGGACCUCCAGGUAGUCCAGGUUCUCCUGGUUUUCCUGGACCAAAAGGUGAAAAGGGGCUUCCUGGAUUAACUGGCCUUGUAGGGCCACCAGGAUUCCCAGGAUCCCCAGGUCCUCCUGGGAGACCUGGUCCUAAAGGAGACCCAGGGGAUGUCCUGACUUCUCCAAGAAUGAAAGGUGACAAAGGAGACCCUGGCUUCCCAGGACCUCCAGGUCUUCCUGGCAUAGAUGGCACUCCUGGUCGAGAUGGACUCCCAGGUCUACCUGGCCCUAAAGGGGAGCCUGGCAGUGUUGCAUUCAAAGGAGAAACGGGUAUUCCAGGUGAUCCAGGAAUACCAGGUCUUCCUGGAGACAAAGGACUUCCUGGACCUCCUGGUUUUGGUCCACAAGGUUUACCUGGUGAAAAGGGCAUCCAAGGUGUAUCAGGCCGUCCAGGGCCUCCUGGAGUUCCUGGUCCAAAAGGUGACCCUGGCCAGACUAUUACAGAACCAGGAGUUCCUGGCCCCCCUGGUCCUCCAGGAAGAAAUGGUGACCCAGGUCUUCCAGGAGAUCCUGGUCAGCCAGGUCAGCGUGGCUUACCAGGGAUCCCAGGUGCAAAGGGAGAGCCAGGUAUUCCUGGCAUUGGACUUCCAGGUCCACCAGGCCCAAAGGGUUUCCCAGGGACUCCAGGCGCCCCCGGAGCUCCAGGAACUCCAGGUCGCCCUGGUCUAGAUGGACCUCCCGGACCACCUGGUUUCCCAGGACCGAAGGGGGAUCGUGGAUUUGGAGUUCCAGGACCACCUGGACCCCCAGGACCACCAGGCACAAAAGGAGUUCAAGGACCUAAAGGUGAUCCUGGCUUCCCAGGAAACCCUGGUCUCCCAGGACGGGCAGGUUUUGAUGGAACCCCAGGGCCCAAAGGUGACCCUGGACCGAGUGGACCACCAGGACUCCCAGGCCCACCAGGCAUCCCUGGCAUUGGUGGUCAAGGUCCACCUGGAUCUCCAGGACCUCCAGGUCCUGUUGGUCCCCCAGGGUUGCAGGGCAUUCCAGGGGAGAAAGGGGAUCCAGGUCCUCCAGGCUUCGACGUUCCUGGUCCUCCAGGUGACCGAGGAACCCCAGGAUAUCCAGGACCCCCGGGUCUCCCAGGGCCUCAGGGUUCACCUGGACCACCUGGCCGGGAUGGAAUACCUGGAUUUCCAGGUGCCAAAGGCGAGAUGGGCGUCAUGGGAGCCCCUGGUCCUCCAGGGCCUCCAGGAACUCCUGGAAGAAAUGGCCUGCCUGGCUUGAAAGGUAACAAUGGAUUACCUGGUCCGCCCGGGCCUCCUGGACUGGUAGGACAGAAAGGCAUCAAAGGUGAAGCAGGCCUGCCAGGUCCACCUGGAAAAAUUGAUCCGAAACAGCUAGGAGCAAAAGGAGAAAAAGGCGAGCCAGGUGUUCCAGGUAUUCCUGGUUUGUCAGGACAGAAAGGUUAUCAAGGUCUCCCAGGUGACCCAGGCCCCCCAGGACUUAGUGGCCCACCGGGUGUGCCAGGAUUGCCAGGCAUCAAGGGAGACACGGGGCUUCCUGGGCAGCCAGGACCAACAGGACCUCCAGGGUUAAAAGGUGCCAUGGGAGAGAUGGGCCUUCCAGGUCCCCCAGGGAUUAAAGGCAGCCAAGGAAUAGCAGGACGUCCAGGACAGCCUGGGCCUGCAGGAUUUCCUGGAUUGAAAGGGGAGAAAGGUGACCCUGGUCUUCCAAGCAUUGGUAUUCCUGGUCUUCCUGGACCAAAGGGUGAUCUUGGUUUGCCUGGAUACCCAGGUAGUCCAGGCAGUAAAGGUAUAGCUGGAAAUCCUGGUUUGCCUGGAUUUCCAGGCAGUCCAGGUGCAAAAGGAGAACCAGGCCUUCCUGGAUUCCCAGGAACGCCAGGAAUUCCAGGACCAAAAGGUAUCGAGGGGCCUCCAGGUAAUCCUGGCCUGCCUGGACCACCUGGGCCAGUAGGUGAUAUUGGCCGCCCUGGCCCUCCUGGUCCUUCAGGGGAGAAGGGACAGCCUGGUCGAGACGGUAUCCCUGGACCAGCUGGUCAGAAGGGCGAACCAGGUCUACCAGGUUUUGGGCGCCCAGGACCUCCAGGACUCCCAGGACUGUCAGGACAAAAAGGAGAAUUGGGGUUACCUGGCCCACCAGGGCCCCCUGGACUUCCAGGUCUGAAGGGAGAACCAGGUUUCCAGGGAUUCCCUGGUCUACAGGGUCCACCGGGUCCACCAGGAUUACCAGGGCCACCUCUGGAAGGUCCUAAAGGUAUCCCUGGCCCACCAGGUGUUCCAGGAAGGCCAGGUCCCUCAGGUCGUCCAGGUCCACCAGGCCCAGAAGGUCCACGAGGGCCACCAGGCAGUGGAGGACUUAAAGGGGAAAAAGGGAACCCAGGUCAACCUGGCCCACCUGGCUUGACUGGCCAAAAGGGAGAUCAAGGACCACCUGGACGCCAGGGGGAUCCUGGUCGUCCAGGCCUGAAUGGAAUGAAGGGCGAUCCCGGGGUUCCAGGCGUUCCAGGAUUCCCAGGUAUGAAGGGUCCCACUGGGCCUGCAGGACCCCCUGGCCUCACAGGCAGCCAAGGACUUCCAGGCCCACCAGGUCCACCAGGUUUACCAGGUACCAUUGGACGAAGUAUUGUUGUCAAAGGUGACCCUGGUCCCCCGGGUCCUCCAGGACAGCCUGGGUCAAAAGGGCCACCUGGAUUGCCAGGGCCACAGGGACUGCCAGGUCCAAUUGGUCUUCCUGGUGACCCAGGGCGAGAUGGACUACCUGGUUUUGAUGGUCCAGCAGGACGUAAAGGAGAGAGAGGUCUUCCGGGCCAACCAGGUUCACGAGGAAUACAGGGGCCUCCUGGUCCCGAUGGCUUACAAGGCCCACCCGGUCCUCCUGGAACAGCUUCUGUUGCUCAUGGAUUCCUUAUAACUCGGCACAGCCAGACCAGGGAUACACCACUAUGUCCACAAGGAACAUCAAGAAUAUAUGAUGGAUUCUCUCUUCUAUAUGUUCAAGGAAAUGAAAGAGCACAUGGCCAAGAUUUGGGUACUGCUGGGAGCUGUCUUAGACGUUUCAGCACCAUGCCCUUCAUGUUCUGCAACAUCAACAAUGUUUGUAAUUUUGCCUCAAGGAAUGAUUAUUCCUACUGGCUGUCAACUCCAGAGCCAAUGCCGAUGAGCAUGGAGCCACUGACUGGGCAAAGCAUCCAGCCAUUCAUUAGCCGAUGUGUUGUGUGUGAAGCUCCUGCUAUGGUGAUAGCUGUCCACAGUCAGACCAUUCAGAUUCCUUCGUGUCCUCCAGGCUGGGACUCCCUUUGGAUUGGUUACUCUUUCAUGAUGCACACUAGCGCUGGAGCAGAGGGCUCCGGACAGGCCUUGGCAUCACCUGGAUCCUGUUUAGAAGAAUUCCGCUCAGCUCCGUUUAUUGAAUGCCAUGGUCGUGGCACUUGUAAUUACUAUGCCAAUUCAUAUAGUUUCUGGCUGGCAACUGUAGAGGUGUCAGAAAUGUUCAGUAAACCUCAGUCAGAGACACUGAAAGCUGGAGACUUGAGGACGCGUAUUAGUCGUUGUCAAGUUUGCAUGAAGAAGACGUAACGUCUUGGAGAAUGUUUUAUAAAACAUUUGAAAAUUCCUAAGAUGCACUGUCUUCCAGCUGCAACAAUGGUGCUACUGUGCAGAAAGAAAAGAAGAAAACAAAUCCAAACUGUUUUAACGAUGCAAAUUCAAGUGUACCUCACUCAUGUGCCAAACUAAGGGUUCUUUGGUACAUAUUUGACAACCAGACUAAGAUGAAAGAAUUCACCUCUUGGAAACAGAGAAGAACACUUGAGGUUCACAAAGGAUCAGAAGAUGAAUUUUUUUCAUUUCUCUCCCUGUACCAGAACGGCACCUUUUUGAUCAACCAAGAGAAUAAAGAAAAACACGACGCACUGAGUAUGUUUAAAGUAACAAGACUGCAGUUUUGAAAAACAUUUUUCAUGGUGCUACUAACCCUACUGCAUCCCAGGUUUUUAAUAUGAAAUUUUAAGCUUAUUUCUCUUUGUAAGUAAUGAAAUGUGUAUAUUGUGUAAACACCUUUUUAGCUGAAAUUUUCAGUCAUUUAGAAACAAACCAGACUGUUAUAAAAAUGCUUAUGUCUAAAAUGAAACGUACGGCAGUAUUUUAUUAUGAAACUUGUGGUACAGAGAGAAUUUACCCCUCUUAUGCCAACUUAUUCAUUUAAUAUUUCAUUUCCUUCCUCAGUUGCCAACCUGAUAUAUUUGGGGAAUGCACAAUUAUUCUGAAGUCAUUUUGAUCAGGGUUUUAAAUGUUGCACACCAUGCUAUCAGUGGGUUUAUUUUUGCUUAGAAAUACCAAUCCACUUGAAAAGAGGUUUUUUUGUAUCUUGUGAAAACAUGUGAAAUUAUUAGCCAUAUUCUAUACCAUUCUUUUCUGAAUAAAAGUGUCAUUCACAUUUUAGUAAUCGGUUUGGUUUAACAAAACCUGUUCCUUGGGAAUAUCCAGUUACCAAAGCAU